UACAUAUUAUUUGUUAAGAAUUACCAAAGCAAGAUAGCAGAUGUACUUCUCUUUGAUUUGAGAAAUUUUCCGACGUUUAUAGAUGUUAAUAAGCUCAAGUAGUUUAACACCGCAACUGUAUCAGGAUCAACACUGAAGUCCACUGAUUCUGAUGCUAUAUUAUAACCCUUUUCAUUGAAACUUCACAACUGAUAAGAAAUAUAAUUUAGAUAGAGCCAAUAGUAAGAAUAGUGAAGAACAAAUUAUGAAAUAUGAGGCUUUAUACAUUUCAGAAGCUACAUAAAAAAGGAAGGAAAAUAUAUGCUUCAUAUAUACACAGAUGCAUAUAUUGCAGUGAAGAAAACAAGACAACUCAAAGUUAAGGAAAAAGACAUCUUUGUUGACACUACUUUCGAUGCAAGAUACAUGUGAUGGUUUGGAAUUUUGCAUUUUCAUUUUGACAACAUUGUCAUAAUUUGAAGCAUAUGACUGUUGCUGAUAGUAAUUAAUCACAUCUAUUGCUCAUACAUAUCAAGUGCUGAGAAUCAGGAGAUGGCUUCCAAACAUCAUGUUAACUUCAUGUAUAAAAGUGGGGGUUCAAAUGACAAUGAGAUUAAUGUUAUAACUUCAGUUUCUAGCAGUCUCUUGCCAGCUUUUGGAACUGUUGUGGGUGAUCAAGAAGAAUAUUCAUUGCUUGGAAAAUAUAUUGUUGCUCCUUAUGAUCGUAGAUAUCGGUGGUGGCAAACCUUUCUGGUGGUGCUGGUUAUCUACUCCGCAUGGUCAUCUCCUUUCGAGCUAGCAUUCAAGAAGGCAUCUACAGGAGUACUUCUGUACAUUGAUUUGGUGGUUGACGUCUUCUUUGCCAUCGAUAUCUUCCUCACUUUCUUUGUUGCUUAUGUAGAUAAAUCUACUUAUCUGCUCAUUCACGAUCACAAGAAAAUAUCAAUGAGGUAUAUCACACACCUCUGGUUCCCAUUGGACGUUGCAUCAACUCUCCCAUUUCAGCAUAUAUACCAAAGUUUCUCUGGUAAAAAGCAUACCAGUAAUGUCUUUGGUUUCCUUAACUUGCUUCGGCUCUGGAGACUUAGACGUGUUAGUGAACUAUUUUCCAGGCUAGAGAAAGACAUACGCUUCAGCUACUUUUGGACAAGAUUCUGCAAGCUUAUAUCUGUCACAGUACUCGCAGUGCACUCAGCAGCAUGCUUUUACUAUUGGCUAGCUUUUCAACACAAAACACCUUCAGAAACUUGGAUCGGACAUCAUCUAGGGGAUUUUAAAGAGAAAGGCAUCUGGGUAGGCUACACCUAUUCAAUGUACUGGUCAAUUGUGACACUUACAACAGUUGGCUAUGGAGACUUGUACUCGAAGAAUACAGGAGAAAAAACCUUCAACAUUUUCUAUAUGCUAUUCAACAUGGGCCUCACAGCAUAUAUAAUUGGAAACAUGACAAAUCUUAUAGUUCACGGUGCUGUUAGAACAUCUAUCAUGAGGGAUGCCUUUAAUGAAUUAUUACAAUAUGCAAGCAAAAAUCGCCUUCCUGAAGGUUUGAAAGAGCAAAUGCUCACACACAUGCAGCUCAAGUACAAGACAGCAGAAUUACAACAAGAAGAAGUUCUUCAAGAUCUUCCUAAGGCAAUCAGAUCUAGCAUUGCUCAACAUCUUUUCCGGAACACUUUGGAAGACACCUACCUUUUCAGAAAUGUCUCGGAAGAGCUUAUAGGGCAGAUGGUAUCAGAAAUAAAAGCAGAAUAUUUCCCACCCAAUGUUGAAAUCAUUUUGCAAAAUGAGAUGCCAACAGAUUUCUACAUUGUUGCCUGCGGAACCCUGGAUAUUCUGAUACGCAAAAAUGCAACAGAGCAGUUCUUGACUAAUCUAGGUGCAAGUGAUGUCUUCGGGGAAAUAGGAGUAAUUUUCAAUGAGCCCCAACCUUUCACGGUGAGAACAAGGAGUCUUUGUCAAGUAAUUAGGAUCAGCCAUCCCUAUUUUAAGCAAACACUGCAGCCGUUGAAUAGAGAUGGAAAGACAAUACUUGCCAACUUUGUUAAGCAUUUGGAGGGCCUAAACAAGGAUAUGCAGGAUGAAAUUCCAUCUUUAUCUGAUAUGCAAGAUUUAAUGAAUAUCAAGCAUUCAGGAUUACAAGACCAUGAAGAAGCAUCACAUUUCGGUCACAGUGAACAUACUAAAGAAACACAUAUAUAUCCUACUACAUCUUCAAAUUACACAUUCCCUUUGAGGUUGAUUAUACAUGGGCACCAUCCCGACAAGGAAGCAUUAACGGAAAGUGAAAGAACCGGGAAACUGAUCCAUCUUCCUGAAUCAAUGCAAGACCUUCUAAGCUUGGCUGAAAAGAAGUUUGGGAAAAGAGGAAAUGCAGUUGUCAUGGCUGAUGGUUCGAAAGUAGAUCUCUGUGCUCUCAGAGAAAAUGAUAAGUUAUUUAUCUUUUAGUUCGACAAAUAUUAUAGCAUUUCAGGAUCAACUAUAAAUUUCUAUGGAAAAAGAGAAUUCAAAGGUUA